UUACUUCUGCUCUUCUAUAAAUCCCAGAACACAAGACUAAGAAGGAAGCACAAAAGGAGGAGGCGAAACCUCCAAUUUCUCUUUGCUUCUUAGAAAUUUCUGAUAUAUUUUCAUGGAAAAGAUGAAUGUGAAAUCCCAAGUAGCCCCCUAUCCUUAUCAAAGGUUAGCAGGGAAAGUGGCAAUUAUAACCGGUGGAGCAAGCGGCAUCGGAGCAACUACAGUUCAACUUUUUCAUGAAAAUGGAGCCAAGGUUGUGAUUGCAGACAUCCAAGACAACCUAGGCCGAGACAUCGUCAAUAAGCUUGGUGGUAAAAACGUUUUCUACUUCCACUGCGAUGUUAGAAACGAAGAUGAAAUCAGCAAGCUUGUGGACACCACUGUCGCCAAAUAUGGUAAGCUCGAUGUAAUGUUCAACAACGCCGGAAUCAUAGAUCGCCCUUUUGGGAGCAUUUUGGACACAACAAAACCAGAGCUGGAUCGGCUAAUCAGCGUCAACUUGGUCGGUGCUUUCCUCGGAGCUAAACAUGCAGCGAGAGUGAUGGUUCCUCAGCGCCAUGGCUGCAUAUUGUUCACAUCAAGUGCUUGUACAGCAAUUGGAGGGCUUUCAACUCAUGCUUAUGCCGUAACAAAACAUGGGAUAUGGGGGCUGGUGAAGAAUCUGGCUGCUGAAUUAGGGAAACAUGGGAUAAGAGUGAACUGUGUUUCACCUUUUGGAGUGGUGACCGCCAUUGGAGGAACAGUUUUGGGAGAAGAUGAACUAGCUGUUGCAGAGCAAGCACUGAGUGAAAUUGGGAAUCUCAAAGGGCAGAUUCUCAGGGCAGAUGGAGUGGCGAAGGCUGCGCUGUAUCUGGCCAGUGAUGAAGCUAAUUAUGUGAGUGGACUUAAUCUUUUGGUUGAUGGAGGGUUCAGUUCUGUGAAUCCUACCAUGAUGAAGUUUUUCAACCCCGAAGAAGAAACUGAAAUUGAAACUGAAACUGAAACUGAAACUGAAAGUGAACCGAAAGUUAUGCUCCGAUCCAAUUUGUGAUAUGUAAUUUUUUUUUUUUUAAAUUCAACUGUUCAAAAAUGUUUCUGUUGCUUUGCUGGAGAUUCAAUAAGCUUUAAUUUUCUAAUUCUUAAUGCAA